GUCCUGAACAUCAUGAGCAUGUGACUUCAAAAAUGGACAACUGGAUCUAUUACAAGUUGUGAUUGGCCUUAAGCUGACUUACAACAAUAGAAGAACUUCACAGGAUUUCUCUCGUUCCUGUUUUACACCUAUCUAAUUGCCUCGCACCACCAGCUCAAUCAUGUACGGAAGUGCUCGGUCAGUUGGUAAGGUUGAGCCAAGCAGCCAGAGUCCAGGGCGUUCACCACGGUUGCCACGAUCACCACGUUUGGGCCAUCGUCGAACCAAUAGCACAGGGGGCAGUUCUGGAAGUAGUACUGGGGGUGGCAGUGGGAAAACUCUUUCUAUGGAAAAUAUUCAAUCUUUAAAUGCUGCCUAUGCUACGUCUGGCCCUAUGUACCUAAGUGACCAUGAGAACGUGGGUGCCGAUACCCCCAAAAGCACCAUGACCUUGGGCCGAUCUGGGGGGCGGCUGCCUUACGGUGUUAGGAUGACUGCAAUGGGUAGCAGUCCUAACAUUGCCAGUAGUGGAGUUGCCAGUGAUACUAUUGCAUUUGGAGAGCACCACCUCCCUCCAGUGAGUAUGGCAUCCACUGUGCCUCACUCACUGCGCCAGGCCAGGGAUAACACAAUAAUGGAUCUGCAGACACAACUCAAAGAAGUAUUACGGGAAAAUGAUCUGCUCCGCAAGGAUGUGGAGGUGAAGGAAAGCAAGCUGAGUUCUUCCAUGAACAGUAUCAAGACCUUCUGGAGUCCUGAGCUGAAAAAGGAGAGAGCCCUGAGGAAAGAUGAAGCUUCAAAAAUCACCAUUUGGAAGGAACAAUAUAGAGUUUUGCAAGAAGAAAACCAGCACAUGCAAAUGACUAUCCAGGCUCUCCAAGAUGAGCUUCGGAUCCAGCGGGACCUGAACCAGCUGUUCCAGCAAGAUAGCAGCACUAGAACCAGCGAGCCCUUUGUGGCAGAGCUCACAGAAGAAAACUUCCAAAGGCUUCAUGCAGAGCAUGAACGCCAGGCCAAGGAACUUUUUCUGCUACGUAAAACCUUAGAAGAGAUGGAAUUGCGUAUUGAGACACAGAAACAGACCUUAAACGCACGUGAUGAAUCCAUCAAAAAGCUGCUGGAGAUGCUGCAGAGUAAAGGUCUGUCGGCGAAAGCCUCUGAAGAAGAUCACGAGAGGACAAGACGGUUGGCUGAGGCAGAGAUGCAUGUCCACCACUUAGAGAGCCUUCUGGAACAGAAGGAAAAGGAAAACAACAUGCUGAGAGAGGAGGUGCAUCGGCGAUUCGAAAACGCUCCCGACUCCGCCAAGACAAAAGCUCUCCAAACUGUUAUUGAGAUGAAGGAUUCAAAAAUUUCUUCCAUGGAGCGCGGCCUCCGAGAUUUGGAAGAGGAAAUUCAAAUGUUGAAGUCAAACGGAGCUCUGAGCACAGAAGAACGUGAAGAAGAAAUGAAGCAAAUGGAGGUGUAUCGUAGUCAUUCCAAAUUCAUGAAAAAUAAGGUAGAACAACUGAAGGAAGAGCUAAGUGCCAAAGAGGCUCAAGGGGAGGACCUGAAAAAAAGAGUGGCUGGUCUCCAGACCGAGAUUGGUCAGGUGAAACAAGAGCUGUCACGCAAAGAUACGGAGUUGCUCGCCUUGCAGACAAAGCUGGAAACCCUCACAAAUCAGUUCUCAGACAGCAAGCAGCAUAUUGAAGUUCUGAAGGAGUCUCUUACAGCUAAAGAGCAGAGAGCUGCCAUCCUGCAGACAGAGGUGGAUGCAUUACGAUUACGUCUGGAGGAGAAGGAGACAAUGCUGAAUAAGAAGACAAAGCAGAUUCAGGAGAUAGCAGAGGAGAAGGGGACUCAAGCUGGAGAAAUCCAUGACCUCAAGGACAUGUUAGAUGUGAAGGAACGCAAGGUUAAUGUUCUUCAGAAGAAGAUUGAAAAUCUUCAAGAACAGUUAAGAGACAAGGAGAAGCAGAUGAGCAGUUUGAAGGAUCGAGUGAAAUCCCUGCAAGCUGAUACCACAAACACAGACACUGCCUUGACCACGCUGGAAGAAGCCCUUGCAGAAAAAGAAAGGACCAUUGAGCGCCUGAAGGAGCAACGAGACAGAGAUGAACGAGAAAAACAGGAAGAGAUCGACAACUACAAAAAAGAUAUUAAGGACCUGAAAGAGAAAGUCAGCAUUUUACAAGGAGAUCUCACAGAGAAAGAGACAUCGCUACUGGAUCUGAAGGAACAUGCUUCAUCUCUAGCUUCAUCAGGACUGAAGAAAGAUUCGAGACUCAAGACACUGGAAAUUGCAUUGGAGCAGAAAAAGGAGGAAUGUUUGAAAAUGGAAACGCAACUGAAAAAGCACCCUGAAGUUUUAUUGAGUCAUCCAUCCAAGCUAGCUCAUGAGGCAGCACUGGAGGCUAGGGCUAGCCCAGAGCUGAGCGAUCGUAUGCAACAGCUGGAAAGGGAGGUAGCUCGGUACCGGGAAGAAUCUAGCAAGGCUCAAGCUGAAGUGGAUCGUCUUUUAGAAAUCUUGAAAGAGAUGGAAAAUGAGAAGAAUGAUAAAGAUAAGAAGAUAGCAGAACUGGAGAGCUUCACCUCAAGGCAAGUAAAAGAUCAAAAUAAGAAAGUAGCAAAUCUGAAGCAUAAAGAGCAAGUGGAGAAGAAGAAGAGUGCACAGAUGCUGGAGGAGGCCAGGAGAAGAGAGGAUAAUCUCAAUGACAGCUCCCAACAGCUUCAGGACAAUCUACGCAAAAAGGAUGAUCGGAUUGAAGAAUUGGAAGAGGCACUCAGAGAAAGUGUUCAGAUAACUGCAGAGCGGGAAAUGGUGCUAGCACAAGAGGAGUCAGCCAGGAUCAAUGCUGAGAAACAGGUAGAAGAGCUGAUGAUGGCCAUGGAGAAGGUUAAGCAGGAACUGGAGUCAAUGAAAGCAAAACUGUCCUCCACGCAGCAGUCGUUGGCUGAGAAGGAAACCCAUUUGACCAACCUACGAGCAGAAAGAAGGAAACACUUGGAGGAGGUCCUAGAGAUGAAACAAGAAGCCCUUCUUGCUGCCAUUAGUGAAAAAGAUGCCAAUAUUGCUCUACUAGAACUUUCAUCCUCUAAGAAGAAGACCCAAGAUGAAGUGGCUGCACUGAAGCGAGAGAAAGACCGCCUAGUGCAACAGCUCAAGCAGCAGACUCAAAACCGCAUGAAGCUGAUGGCUGACAACUAUGAGGAUGAUCACCUCAAAUCCUCAUCCCAUUCCAACCAAACCAACCACAAGCCCUCCCCAGACCAGAUAAUUCAGCCCCUCUUAGAACUUGAUCAGAAUCGCAGCAAGUUGAAGUUGUACAUUGGACAUCUGACAGCCCUCUGCCAUGACCGUGACCCCCUGAUUCUGCGUGGACUCACCCCACCUGCUUCCUACCACCUGGAUGAUGACCGGGCAGCUUGGGAGAAAGAGCUGCAGAAGAUGACCCAGGAGCAGCUUCACGACGAGUUACAAAAGGGUGAGAAGGAAAGCGCAGAGCUGCAGGAGUUUGCCAAUGCCAUCUUACAGCAAAUAGCUGAUCACUGCCCUGACAUCCUGGAGCAAGUCGUCAACGCACUGGAGGAGUCGUCAUGACCUCGGCCACUGGCCCCACCAGAGCAGCGCACCCUAUGGCCAAGCCCAGUCAAUCCAAGGAGUCAUGAGACUGGAGAGGAAUGUGAAAGACAAAAAACGGCAUAGAAACUUCUGGUGCACCUUUUGCAAAGACAACAAAAGCAAAAAAACCUCUAAAAACUACGUGUUCCCUAGGUUCUUCCAAUCUGUGAUUAAUCAGUCAUGGUUGCAUUCGUCUUCUCACUGCCUUUCUACUUUAUAGUCCGCUUCCCUGUCGAUUUUGUUGUUGGUAUUGUGACUUUUGGAUACAGUUAAGCAGAGCUCUUCCAAGUCUAUUAAGCAAAGAGGGGAGCCACUGAAACCAAGUAGCUCUAGUUGAGGUUGCGGAAGGGUAGCCUUUGCCUUCUAUUCAUUUAUUGCUUCUUUUUUUUUUCCGUAAAAGCUGAAAGCCUGAAUUUCAUACUGCUAAAACCUAAAACCAAGUGUGCUGUGAUUAUGGCUCACGAUGGGCCAGCAUCAGCUAGCUAGCUCAGGUCUCGCUGCCUGCCUCAAUGUUGCUUAUGUUCUUAAAUAACAAAGAAAGGAAAGGAAAGUUUCCCUAUUUGGUCCUGUUAGCUGCUUCAUCUAGCAGUUGGGGAAGAAGGUAGGCAUAUUGGUACUCUCUGUUUACUUAACUUGAUUUUUACUGUUCACUGAUCUGACUCUGAAGUGCUGAGUGUGGCAUAUUUUCAGAUAAUUGUUUUCAUCUGUUGGCGUCUUGGGUUUUUUAGCUGAGCUUUCCCAACAUAGGUUAUACCCCCUAUAUCUCUUAAGUUCUUAUUUUAUAGAGAGCUCUCUUCUUUCAAGCAGGUGUGGUCAACAGGUCAGCCCCUAGACUUUGCCCAUAGAUAAUUUUUCGGGCAAUAGCUUUUGUGAACAUUAGCUGCCAUCAGAAUAGUCUUAGGCUUUUUCUACAGGAGAAAAUUGCAUCAUUUAACUUAAAAGUAUGAUUUUAAAACUACUUUAGGUAAACUGAUAAAUAGUUCUUACUAUAAUUAUAAUUUAAUUUAUUUUGGUGUAGCUUAGGUUGACAAGGAAUCAGUUGGAGUUCAAAGCAAUAACCCAUGCAUAAAAAGAGCAGCAUCUCUGCUGGAGUUGGCACCCAGCUGAAUACAUAGGUAUAACAUCACAGCUUUGAUUAAAUCAGUGCAUUCUUAUAUGCUUUGGUCUUGCUUCCAUCAGUCUUUGACUCUCGUUAAAGCCCCUGCUGACAGGUAACAUGACCUCCAAGAGCAGAUCAGUUUGUCAUAGGGGUAACAAAUCGGAAUCCCAUUUUAUGAGUAGGACUUGGGUGUUCAUUCUUGGAAUCUGCAUUAAUGGGGGGGGGGGGCCUGCAUACUUUUCCGUCUACUAACAGUUACAUGUGUCUGGGGCACCUGCAGGACAGAACCCUUUAACACCUCCCCAUAUGCUCCUUAAAGGAAUUGUUUCCCUUUAGCUUUCUCAUAUUACUUAAGAGAACAAGGGGAGAGGAGGAAAGGAGAGCAACCAUCAACACAGCAGUAGAAGGAAUCUUGGCUUUCUAGUCUCUUUCUUCCUAAUUAUGAAUCCCCUGACUCCUGUGGCUGUUGCUGUAGCUCUAACUGAUUUUACAAAUUCUAGAAAUAUCAGCUGAUUACAGUGUUCAUAGUCCAUCUCUCAGUAAACCUCCCAUUCAGAGCCUGCAGUUUAAUUUCGUAUAACUUACUAUAUUGUGAGCUUAAUCACUAAACUGUUAGGCUAAGUGAAAUUUUUCAGUCACUUUCAGGAAAACUUCAUUUCUUUGUCUUUCAAAUCCACAGCACAGCUCCUCUGUAUGUCUUUGUCGUAUUUUUAUCUUUAGAAAUGACUGAGUUCUUCUAAUGGAAAGGAGAUCAGCAAAAGUUUGAGUAAGUUAAAUGCACCCUAUUUUUCUCGAACCAGCACUGAAAAUUGGACAAGACUGACAUAUCCUUUAUAUACCUAUAUAGACUAUAUUGAAAACUAAUUUUAAGUAAAUCACAUCCAAAUUCAUUCUACUUUAAUGUUUAUCAAAGGAUAGAGUGGGUCACCAACACUCUGCAAUAAACAACACCAUCAGUAAAAUCCUUUCUGGCUAGCAUACCCAAAGGAACAUUUUCACCUGCAGUCCUCUUCAGAAGAAUAAACUGUAUCAAUAACCAUGAUGUCCACUAGGAAGAAAUAUCUAAGUCUCCGAAACAGAGGUGGUUCACAGCUUUGGCAUAUUUUGAACUGCCAAGUCAGGAAAUGUAACUUUAGUUCUCGCUGUAGUAGUAGUCUCUAUCUGCAGGGUUUUUUUUUUUUUUUUUUGUCAUGGAACAGGAGAGUAAUGGGAACCUGAAUGUUUGCGAGGGGGAACUACCGGAAGGCAUGUAGACAGUGACUGUACAUACCACUGAGCCAUGCCUCAUACCAGAACCACCCCCUUGGCGCUAUUAUUUGAGUCAGCACGUUUUGAUAGGAGCUGUUGUUUUGAAAUCUUUCCUCUUGCCUUUUCUUCAUCGCCCCUAAUUACUCACUCAAGGAAUUUAAUGCUGCCUGUAAAACCAUCACAGCCAUCAGCCUAACAUCAUCGCACCGCCACCACCAGUCCUGACUAUCUCAUUAACUUAUAUGGUCAAAUCUCCAGCUGCCCUGGUUCCCUGCUGUAAAACAAUCCCUCCUCUGUGAGAGGCUGUGGAAUUUCCCUUAUCGAUGGUUCAAAUGACUCCUGCUUGUAAACCUCUUACUGAGAUGGUCCUCGAUAGUGUUUCUGCUGUAGGGGAAGGGGGAGGGGGAAGGGAACCAGGGUGGUCAUUUCUGCCUGUUAUUUCAGUUCCACUUUUUUACUGCUUCGCCUAGACAUCACGGGAAAACUCGGAUUUUCAGUGCUGGUUCUUCUGGGUCUGUAACUCAGCUGCCAGCCUGUGGCUGUGUUUCUAGAAUUGAAAGUGCCUCAGCAAAGGCCAUGUUGCUGGCUAGACAGCAUGCGCAGGAUCCACGCAGUUGAAACCAGGUGAAUCUCACUGUUUACACUCUACAUGUCUCCCAACCUUUUCCUUGAAAGGAUUUGUCAAGCCUGGCUAGUUUUCACACUGGCCAUUUGGUCUUUAUCUCCGAGCCACACACCUGCUGUUCCUCCCAUCUGGGUUGUUGGGUCUUUGCAAUUUUUCUCAUUAACUACUGUUAUCUUCCAGGGCUUCUAGACUUAACCAUCUUACGCACUGAUCUUAGACCUCAGUAAAGGGCUUUCGGGGAGAAAGCAGAUCUCAUCUGGGAACAGCCUUGAUCUGACUUGAUCUCCAUUGAAAUAUUUCAGAUAAUCUCUCUGAUCCUGCUUGGAGAGAGACCUUGUCAUGUUGAAUAGCUUGAGGAACUAUGUGAUUUGGGAGAUGCUGCUGGCCAUGAUUUAAUGCUGAACAUGACCAGUGAUGGUUUUUCUUUUCUCUUGUAUGGAAUACCACACCAUUGGCCUUAGGUUAAGUGAUAGAUUUUGUCAUCAUAAUCCACGAAGAUGUAGCAUAUCAGGCACAUGGCAGAAGGGGCGCAUGUGUGCAAAUACUGGGAUCCUCAUCCAGUUGUCCAGCCCACCACAAGUCUUUCAAAGUCUUACAUCCAGAUGUCAGCAGCCAGGGAGACCUAGACAGUUUCCUAGCGCAAUGGUCAUACAAUGCAAUGGUAGUUCUAGGAAUUCAGAUGCC